CCCAAACGUAAGUAGACCUUUUAUUUCGCCCAUCUCGUUACACAGACAUUUUAAUAGAAAAUGCAAAACGACGCCGGUGUCCAAGUUGAUUACUAUCACCCAAGAAAGUGUACUGCCACUAAGAAUUUGAUCACUGCUAAGGAUCACGCUUCCGUUCAAAUCACUGUUGGUUUGGUUGAUGAAAACGGUGUUUACACUGGUGAAAAUGCCACUGUUGCUUUGUGCGGUGAUUUGAGAAUGAAGGCUAAGUCUGAUGGUGCUGUCAACAGACUCAUGCUCGAACAAAAGAUUAUGAAGGAUAUCCAAUAAAUUCUCAACUAAAAAACUAUUUAAAAUAUU